CGCUUUGCGACGUGCUGAGCAUGUUUGGUUCGUUGCGGGCCUUGGUCUUGCGCAAUCUGCACCAAUGGGUAGGGGAUUUCGUCAAACCCCCUCCCCCUAUCAAGUGGCAGGCCUGGACCUUGCCGCGGCCGUCUUCACUCGUCUUGGACACCAUCACCCUCAGGACAUUCCCACAUAAGAAGACUGGCAUUCUGGAGUCAAUCAGAGACCUAGAUGUCAUGCGGUUAGGGUAUCAGUGGCCGGCCGCCGACAUCAUCCGGUCCUGUAAUCGCGGCCUGAAAAAGCUGAGUAUUGCUCUGGACUAUGAGCUAUACCAGGUCCGUGGUAAAGAGCUGGUGCGCAGGCAUGGUAUGUAUUGUAUUUGCCGGCAUCGUCGUCGUUAAUCUCAAUGCCCCUCGUUGCUCUCCAUGCACAGGUUAUGUGGUGCAUGACCUGUCACCAUUCCACGCGCUGAAGGUCCUGGUGCUGGGUAUUAAACCCCGAGUGGAGUUGGUGCCUUACUAUUCAGGCGAGCCUUUAGAAGAUCCGCACGAAGCGAUCGAAAUAGCAACGGCGACAAUUCGUACACUUGCCGACAGCGCAUCCCUCGACUACAUCGAGCUCCGCUUCUGGAAAUGUCAAAGUAAUUUUCCCAACUUGAAGAAGGUGUUUAACCAGGCUGGGGAUCAAGUUGCAGUGCUCGAGUCCAUACUGCUGCAUUGCGUGGAGGCGGGGCGUGUCAGCCAUGUGCGGCUUAGGCUGUAUGGGGGGGACUACGCAAAUCUGGAGUUCUCUCCGACAGCUCUCUUCCCUUCUUCAGACUACGCUUCUACUCUCUUCCCGGAGCUCUUUGAGCAUGGUGUUCUCUAUGCAUACGACGGUUAGAACGGGGACAGAAAGCAAUUGGAGGCCGGAUCAUCUUCGAGCGUCAACGAUACAGUCACUGCAGCGCCUCUUCCUGUCAAUCGUCGGUUUGACGUUCUCGUGGUCUUUCAAGUGUACUUCAGUGGUUCGCUGCUCUUAGUGUACCGCUGAAAAGAUGUAAAUUCAACAGAAAUUUCCCAUUAGUCAAAUGAUAUCACAGUAACCUUUCAAA